CUCUGGAUAAACAGCUUUUCCCCGCCUACUCGGCUUCCUGCCACUAAGUUCAAAACUAAGCUGAUUUUCUCCUCCAUCUCUCCCUCUUUUUCUUUGUGAUUAUGUUUGUCAUGUCUUCUCCACGUAAAGCUGAAUCUCUUGUAUUUGGCAAUCCAUCCAUAAUCCACAAUCCCGAAAGAAUACAUCACAAGAAAGUCCAGCUUGCAUUGAUAUCAGUGUCUUCCAAAAAUGCUAGCCUCAUUUCCUCAGGCAGAAGCUCCAUAGACUUGGUUAAAAGAAGGAAGCUAGAAAGUUUGCAUUCUGACGAGAGAACUGGUAGGAUUCGGCUUGUAAAUCUCCUGGAUAAAAUUAAGGCAAUACCCUUUAAAGACACGAGUAAAAUUCUCAGCAUCAUGGAGAAAGAAGCUGACACUUUGACCUUGUCCGAUUUCAAUGGUCUGCUAAUGGCAUUGGUUACAGCAAAUGAACCUGAUUUAGCUUUGGCACUCUACUCCAAUGUAGCAUCAUCUGGUUUAGCUUUAGCACCAAAUUGUUGGACAUUUUCCAUAAUGAUUAGGUGCUGCUGCAAGAAAAACGACCUUGAUGAGGCUCAAAGGGUUUUACACCACAUGAUGGAAAAUGGGUAUAGUCCAAAUGUGAUAACAUUUACAGUUCUCAUAAAUUCAUUGUGCAAAAGAGGCAAAUUGGAGAACGCUUUUGAAGUUUUUGAAGUGAUGGGUAGAAUUGGGUGCAAACCAACGGUCCAAACAUACAAUUGCUUGUUAAAGGGAUUGUGUUAUGUAGGGAGAGUGGAGCAGGCUCACGAAAUGUUGAUGAAUAUGAAGAAAGAAUCGAUAAGACCUGACAUCUAUUCAUACACAGCAGUAAUGGAUGGUUUUUGUAAAGUGGGUAGAGCAGAUGAGGCAAUGGAAUUGCUCAACCAGGCUCUGGAGAUGGGGUUAGCACCAAAUGUGGUCACUUUUAACACUCUGUUCACUGGGUAUAAUAAAGAAGGGAGGCCACACCAGGGUUUUAGAGUGUUAAAGCUUAUGAAGGAGAAAAAUUGCAUGCCUGAUAGCAUUAGCUACAGCACCUUGUUGAGUGGGCUGUUGAAAUGGGGAAAGAUAAGGGCAGCGCUUGGGGUGUACAAGAAAAUGGUGGGUAUUGGUUUUGAAGUGGAUGGAAGGAUGAUGAGCACUUUGCUUAGAGGUAUAUGCAUGAAAUCAUGGAAAGAAAAAGACCUGAUUGAAGAUGCCUAUCAAUUGUUCGAGAAAAUGACGAGUGGGGUUUCUGUCAUUGACCAGAGUACCUAUGGCUUUGUGAUUCGAACUCUUUGUAUGGGAAAGAAAAUGGAGGAGGCUCUGGCUCAUUUGCAGGAGAUGAUUAGAACAGGGAACGUUCCUAGGACGAUAACCUUCAACAAUGUAAUUCAAACGCUUUGCAUGGAGGGCAAGAUUCGUGAGGCAUUGAUAGUCUUGGUGAUCAUGUAUGAAAAUGGUAAAAUCCCAAGUAGAACAUCCUAUGACAUUUUGGUUAAGGAGUUCAAUCAACGGGGCCAGUUGUUGGGUGCUCGUAAUGUCUACGGUGCGGCUUUGAAGCAUGGUGUAGUCCCACAUAGGGUACCACUACGAUGAAUGGAUGAUGGCAAAAUUGUUC